AUGGAUUCUCGUGAGAGUUCCGUCGAGGUUGCUGAUACCAGCGACUGGGGUAAGGCCAUGGCGAGAUUGGCAGAGGUUCAUUCACUCUCAGCACGACACGACGGUAACCUUCAUUCCAUGAAUUCGCCGUUCAAACAGCAAGAUGAACGAUUUGCAUGUCUUAGAGCAAAAGUCCAGCGCCUGGACGUCGAGUAUCAUCAGGUACUCUCGGGCGGUCUGCCAAAUAACGCCAGACCAGACGACACCAUGUCGGAAUGGAUAAGACGCCGUGUCCUCAAGAUACAGAAACUCGAGGAUGAGCUACGGAGGGGGCCCAAUCGAAAGAUAGUCGAACACGCCGAGGCCGACUACCAGGCACGAUGUCGAGAGGAAGAGAAGCAAUACUUCCUUGACUUGUUGAAAGUUUUUGGCGACCUCGGCCGGGGAUGGGUGAUGGAGUCCUAUGGCCUAAACGACUACAUCGCCGCGACAGACAUGGCGACACCGCGGUCCAUGGCCAGCAACGCGUCCACUCCUUCUCCAGAGAACAAUCAAGCCGACGAGCUACCUGGUGGUGACGAAUGGGACGUUCCUGAAGACGUGGAGGAUCCCACCCCUCUCGCCCCCCGAUCGAACACUCACUUGACGGAGGUCGCCGCCGGUCGCAAGAGGAGAAUCGCCAGAACCGACAAGUACAGACAACGGAAAAGACCCCGCUACAAUGAUCCCCGGGGCUCCUUGACGGGCGACCGAACAAUCGAGUUUAAUCAAGUGUUUCAGGGUAGCAAGGCUCGAACCAAGUACAGAAUUGCCCGGUACCCGCCACAAGGCGGCGCCUGGUAUAUUUUGGAAUGUAGGGAGCACGAAAAACGUUUCCCUAAGGAUCCCAUUCAUGGUGCUGCAAAGCACCUAGACUCUCCAGCCCAUGAGCAUAUGGGGAGAGGCCAUAAGCAGGCAGUCCGGGAACUCGGCACACUCGUCCUGGGCUGCAAUGAAGCACUAGCAGCCAAAAACAACGCCAUUUUCGACCGAGCCUUAGCCAAAGAUGCUGAGAAGCCUGGUGGAAGCAGACGACCUAACAAUGGAGCCCGCAAAAGUUGCUUCAGACCACCCGCGGUACGGAACACCGCCAACAUCAUGACGGAAGAUGGCGGUGCUCGCGUAAAGGAGAGGCUGUGGCCAGUCAUGUUCUUCAAAGAUGGGAGGUUCCCGAACGUAAACGAGAUUUCUUUUGUCCCUGCUAGUCACAUGAGACCCUACGACAAGGCCGAUUCGACCAUUCGAUACAAAGACGAGGUCGAGGACUUUCUAACCAGGCGUGACAAGCCUACUCCCUCGCCUUCGGUGGAGAGCCGGGGAUCCAGCCCCACAGCCAAUUCGGAUCACCAGGAUACCCCCAUCAGUGAUGAUGCCGUUCCAGAGGACGCAACGCUGAGACAGCAACAUUCUCGGCACCCUGAGAUUCAACGCAUUCUGGAGCAGGCGAGUGCCGACUUUGGCGAGCAUGCUGUUUUUGAGGAGGAGCAUGAAACAGAUGAACAUGGCGACUUCCGUUACGACCCACGCACUGGUGAGACAGACGACGAGGAAGAAGAGGAGGAAGAAAGAGAGAGCGUUGUGAGGAGCACGUACCAUUUUCGAGAUUGGAGACAGAGGCGGAGGUUUUAUGAUGGAGACACUGAAGAGUCGGCGGCAGAGUCGGAAGAGGAGGAGGAGGAGAUGAGAGUGGAUGAUGGGUUUGACAUCUACGGGGACGAUACGCCCAGGAGAUCACCACCUCGCCACACUCGAAACCGCACAACCCCCCAGAUGCGAUCUUCACCAAACACGACCAACCUGCCAGUGUAUGAUGAAGAAGAAGACAUAUACGAGGAUGACACCCUCAGGCGACCGUCGACUGACCGUUCUGGAGGUACAUUCAACACACCAGCGCCCUCUGCGAGGAAUGUGCCUAACCCCCAAUUCCCUGAAUUCAACGAGUUCUGGCGGCGGCACAGUCGAGAGAGGACAACCGAGUCAGACCAGCAAAGUUCGUACAGUGAGCUGCUUCGUGUAGGUUUGCAGAUGAGCUAG